AUGAAUGAAAACGCUGAUUUAACAUCGGCAGACCCAGAUGGACUUACCAGUAUUCAUUAUGCCUGUAUGAGUGGGAACAAAAUCAUAGCAAAGACUGUCUGUGAAAAAGCUCCCGAUAUGAUCAAUGACCGUGACAGUCAGGGAGUGACAUCAGCGUUGAUAGCCUCUGAAAUGGGUCAUGAUAAAAUCCUACAGCUUCUUGUAUCCAAGGGAGCAGACGCCACUCUGUGUGACAACCAAAAUCGGAACUGUCUGCAUGUUGCAAGCUGUGCAGGACGUCUCUCCACAGUCAAAUAUCUCCUUGGGCUGGAGCGGUUCAACAUAAACUGCCGUGGUGGGAGAUUCAAACAAACACCUGUCAUGAUGGCGGUCCUGAAUGGACAUGACGAGGUGUAUAAUCGCCUUGUGUGUGAAGAAGCUGAUCUGUCACUUUGUGAUACAAACAACAGGGACUGCUUGAUGUUGGCGAGCGAAGGUGGACACACAUCUAUAGUUGCAAACCUGCUGUCAAUGAACACGUUUGAUAUCAACAGGAAGAGGAAGUGGGACGAGCAAACUGCAGUUAUGCUCGCAGCUAAAGGUGGUCAUUUUGACGUGUACAAUCUUCUUGUGACAAAGGAAGCUGAUCUGUCCAAGUCAGAUCUGUUCAAUAGCGACUGUCUAGUUUGGGCAUGUAUCGGAGGGAACGUCAAGAUUGUACGUCACUUGUUGUCUAUGGAACUUUUUGACAUCAAUGAAAGAUAUCGCUUGAAAUUAACUCCAAUCAUGCAUGCAGUGUACUCUGGACACUAUGAGGUUUUAAUCUCCUGGUGGAAAAUGGAGCUGAUCUGUCUCUUAAAGAUGCUGAAGACCAAGACUGCCUUAUAUGGGCAUGCAAGGGAGGUAACGCAUCAAUAG